AUGCUGUCGGAAGACUCAGCUGCUCGCCCUUACGCCGAAGGACCCCUUCUCGUCGUCGGGGAUCUGAUUCUGGACCAAUUUAUCCGUGGGAGCGUUAAGAGGAUUUCUCCAGAAGCACCAGUACCAGUUGUGGAGCAACAGGAGGCGGCAUUCUAUCCCGGCGGUGCUGCCAAUGUGGCCUGCAACCUUGCUGCACUUGGUGCGUCGGUAGUCUUGGUUGGAGCGAUUGGAGACGAUGAAGAAGGCAGACAACUGAUAUGCUCCUUGUCGCAAUCCAAGAUUGACACCAGUUUGAUUCAGGUCAUUCCUGGGAGGCCAACGAGCCUUAAGACUCGAAUCAUUGCAGAGCAGCAACAAAUUGUCCGCGUUGACCGUGAGUCAACCGCACCGUUGGGGGAGCAAGACGUGUCACGCGUACUCGAGGCUAUCCAAGGGUGCCUAGUAGGUUGCGCCGGUCUAGUGUUGUCGGACUACAAUAAGGGUUUCCUUACUCCGUCACUCGUAACGGCGAUUAUUCGCCAGGCACAAUCGCUGGAGAAGACGGUCAUUGCGGAUACGAAACAUCAGGUGCCCGACCACUAUUGCGGUGUCACCGCUUUGACGCCCAAUAUGAACGAGCUCCAGCUUUGCACUGGUCGAUUAUUGCGCUCUCCGUCCGAUGUCGAUGUGGCUGCAAGAGAGCUCAUGACCAAGAUUCAGGCAUCCGUGCUUCUUGUCACGUGUGGACAGGACGGUAUAAAGUUGUAUGAAUCGGGCUCUCAACAAAGCACACACUUUCCGGGCCAUGCGAGAAUAGUAGCUGAUGUCAGUGGUGCGGGAGAUACUGUGCUUGCAGUAUUCACCUGGGCUCUCACCAUCCGCAGAUCCUCAGUCCAUCAGGCCGCAAAGUUGGCCAACCACGCAGGCACCCUUGCCGUUAGUAAGAAGGGAAUCAGCACAAUUGACGUAAAUGAACUGCUCUCCUUUGUGAUGGACCAUUCAACCAAUUCGCUGGACCGAAGACUUAGCCCAAGCAAGAAUCGGACCCUCGAGCAACUACUACUCGAAAUUCACACUGUGCGCCAGUCCCAGCCGUCAGCGAAAAUUGUUUUCACAAAUGGUUGCUUUGAUAUGCUUCAUGCCGAACACGUCAGUUACUUGCAGAAAGCCAAGGCUCUCGGGGAUCUUUUGCUCGUGGGGCUCAACUCAGACUCUUCUGUACGGCAGAUCAAGGGUAACCGUCGCCCUAUCAUCCCCGAGGCCCAACGAGUUCAGACUCUGGCUGGACUAGACUGUGUGGACUUUGUGGUUCUGUUCGACCAAGAAACUCCCCUUGAUCUGAUUCAGGCUAUCAAGCCGGACUUCCUUGUCAAGGGAAGUGACUAUGAAUUGCAUCAAGUGGUCGGACGCGACUUUGUAGAGGCCAAUGGGGGGCGGGUGAAACUUCUCCCAUCGAACCAGGGCAUUUCCACCACGAAAAUAAUCCAGGAAAUCAUGGAUCGUUACAGCGAGUAG